AUGAACCAUUCCACCGAAAUCAUUCUGACCAUUGCCGGCAUUGUGCUGGUACACGGGUUAAUUUUCUACUUUCUCACACGAAAGUCCCGACUGAUUAAGGGCAAACAUGUGGUCGUUACGGGCGGUUCCAGUGGGAUCGGGCUGUGGGCAGCGAUCGAGUGCGUACGAUUAGGGGCGCAUGUUACUAUCAUCGCACGCAACGUGUCCCUUUUGGAAAAAGCGAAAGAAGAGCUCGAAAAGAGACGCAUCCGUGACACGCAACUGAUACAAUUCCGUUCGGUGGAUCUUUCCAAGAGUUACGAUGCGGUGAAGAACACACUGGAAGAGUUGGAGCGAGCGGUCGGACCGAUCUACAUGCUUAUCAACUGUGCCGGUAUGGCCAUUUGCGGUACAGUCGAGGACACCUCGAUCGAGGACGCCCGGAAACUGAUGGAUGUGAACUAUUUCGCUACCUACUUCCCGACCCGCUACGUUUUGCCAAAAAUGAAAGAAGCCGGGGACGGAAUCAUCGUGAUUACUGCGUCCCAGGCAGCGCUGAUGGGAAUUUAUGGUUACGGCGCGUACGCUGCCUCCAAGUUUGCCCUUCGUGGAUUAGCCGAAACGAUCGCAAUGGAAGCACGGCAUCGUGGUGUUAGUGUGACGCUUGCCCUUCCGGCCGAUACCGAUACACCCGGGUUUGAGGCAGAAAAUCGUUCCAAGCCGGAGGAAACGAAAAUUAUUUCCGGAUCGGGCGGACUAGCAAAACCGGAGCACGUCGGCAAGCGGAUCGUGCAAGACGCACUGAAGGGUUCGUUUUUCUCCAUUAUGGGACUGGAAAGCUGGGUGCUGAGCAUUCUGUGCGUCGGAAUGGCACCGUGGCGUGGACCAUUGUUGUGCUUUGUGCAGUUUUACCUGUUGGGACCGCUGCGGCUAAUCGGGCUGGCACUGCAGUGGAACUUCCAGCGGAUUAUAAAGAACUGUGCCAAACAGCGACAACGUACAUGA